AGCGGCGAUGGAGGCUGGGGCAGCCGGGAGCGCCCGGGACCCCCGCCGCCGUAGCGCCCCCGCUCCCCCAAGCCCGUGGGGCUGGAGAGGGGGUGGAAGAGGCGAGGCGUCCGCGCCAGGCAUGGAGGCACCUCUGGCCCAGGCCGGCCACCUGAGCUGUGCUCCGCGCUGCCGCCGCGCGUCGAAGUUUGCGGGCUGACUCGGAAAGUUGCGCUCGGACUCCACCGCCGCGCCGCGUCCAACCUCCCAGCCGGCCCCAACUCGCCGCCGCCGCCCUCUGCGGGGCCCCGGCCCCGCCGACACCCGCAGCCCCGCCUGCCGGGGGCAUGUGAGCCACGGUCUCCCCUAGAGGCCGGGCGGGCUGCACCGGCCCGGCGCCUCCCGAGGCAGCUCGCGGGCGAGGGGCACGCCCCGGCCCCAGGCAGCCCGGGCCGCCAUGGGCAUCCAGGGCAUGGAGCUGUGCGCCAUGGCCGUGGUGGUGCUGCUGUUCAUCGCCGUCCUCAAGCAGUUCGGCAUCCUGGAACCCAUGUCCAUGGAAGACAGCAGCGACAGUGAGCUGGAGCUGUCUGCCGUGCGCCACCAGCCUGAGGGGCUGGACCAGCUACAGGCCCAGACCAAGUUCACCAAGAAGGAGCUGCAGUCCCUCUACAGGGGCUUCAAGAAUGAGUGCCCCACAGGCCUGGUGGAUGAAGACACGUUCAAACUCAUUUACUCACAGUUCUUCCCUCAGGGAGAUGCCACCACCUACGCACACUUCCUGUUCAAUGCCUUCGACGCUGACGGGAAUGGGGCCAUCCGCUUUGAGGACUUUGUGAUCGGUCUCUCCAUCCUCCUGCGAGGAACAGUCCAUGAGAAACUCAAGUGGGCCUUUAACCUCUACGACAUUAACAAGGACGGCUAUAUCACCAAAGAGGAAAUGCUGGCCAUCAUGAAGUCCAUCUAUGACAUGAUGGGCCGCCACACCUACCCCAUCCUGCGGGAGGACGCGCCCCUGGAGCACGUGGAGAGGUUCUUCCAGAAAAUGGACCGGAAUCAGGAUGGGGUGGUGACCAUUGACGAGUUCCUGGAGACGUGUCAGAAGGACGAGAACAUCAUGAGCUCCAUGCAGCUGUUCGAGAAUGUCAUCUAGGACGCGUGGGGUGGGGGCAGGCAGGCCCUGAGUGGCUGUGGCCUCCUCUGCCCCACAGAAACCUCAAUCCUGCCAGGAGCAGCCUCCAUGAGAAACUUUUUUCUAAUAUAUUUGCAAAAAGUGAA